AUGGAUGAAAGAAGACAUGGUCCUCUGAAAGGACUCAGUCUGCCAUCAGUGAGUGGCACAGGUUACACCAGAUACCAGGUUCCAGGGAAAUUCACUGUGAUAGGACCACAACAACCAAUCAUUGCCAUAGUGGGCAGAGAGGCCAUAUUCCCAUGCCACCUUUCUCCCCAAAUCAAUGCCCAGGACAUGGAUGUGAUAUGGUUUUAUGGAGAAUCUUCACAAGUGGUACAUCGCUAUAAAUAUAGGCAGGAUUAUCUGAAUCAUCAGCACCAACAUUAUAAAGGGAGGACAGAAUUUCUUCGAGAUUACAUUUCCAUUGGGAGUGUGGCCUUGAAGAUUUGUCAUAUUCAGGCCUCUGAUGAAGGGAAGUACCGGUGUUUCUUUGAAACUCCUUAUGUUUAUGAGGAAGCAGAGUUCCAAGUGUUUGUAGCAGGCAAAGGCUCUGCUCCUCAUAUAUACUUCACAAGUGAUGGAAAUAAAAGUUUUAGGUUGGUAUGCACAUCUACAGGGUGGUACCCAAAGCCUGAAGUUCACUGGAGAAAAAAUCAGGAAAAGUUAUUGUCACAAUACACUACAAUCAAGAAGAAAGAAAAUGGACUAUUUUCUGUUGAAACAUCAAUCAUGGUUUCCACCAAUUCCACAGGGAAUGUUUCAUGUUUCAUUUGGAACUCUCUCCUCAGACAAAAGUUGGAAGCAACUAUUUCUGUGUCAGAUGACUUGUUUCCACAUAAUACUCCCUGGAGAGUGAUAUGGAUUGUGACUGUGGUCCUUUUCAGCAUUGUGAUUCUCAUCAUUAUUUUUGUGACAUGGAAGUUAAAAAAAGGCAAAGGUAAAGAUAAAAGUAAAUGUGGAUUAUUCCAGCAUGAAGCAGAACCCAGAGAUACUGAAAUAGAAAAUACUCAAACAAGAGCAAUCCAUCUGUCAAUGCAGGAAGUUCAGAGGGCUUUAAUUACUGGUCCAAAGUCUCAUGGGUGGCAACAGGCAAAACUGAACUUUUGGUUUGGGGCAACUGAACUGCAGAUCACACCUGUGGUGGAGCUGUGCAAGAUGGUGUUCCUCUCUCUUAGGGAAAUAGCCCUUAUCCUUCUUUUCCAGCUCCCCUGGCUGUUCUUAGAGUUUUACCAGCAUAGCAAGGACUUCUGUUAUUUCUUGAAAGACAGAAAUGGAGUUUCUUCUGGAUCAAAAGAGUUCACUGUAUUAGGACCACAACAGCCAAUCAAAGCCUUGCUGGGUGAAGAAGUUACAUUUCACUGUGGCCUCUGGCCUCAGAAGAAUGCUGGAAAUAUGGAGGUGAUGUGGUUCCACGAGAAGCCCUCAAAUGUAAUUCAUCACUAUAAAGAUAGGCAGGAUCAAAAGUAUUCCCAACUUCCAAAAUAUACAGAGAGAACCAAAUUCCUUCAAGAGAGCAUUUCCAGAGGGAAUGUGGCCCUGAGGUUGAGCAACAUCCAUCUAUCUGAUGAGGGGAAGUAUUUCUGCCAAUUUACAAGUUCCAUUUAUUCUGAUAAAGCAGAAUUCCAAGUAUAUGUGGCAGGAAUGGGCUCAGACCUUAACAUACACAGCGAUAUAAAGGGAUUCAAUAUUAGGCUGACAUGCACUUCUACAGGCUGGUAUCCAAAGCCUGAAGUGCAGUGGAGAAACUCUCACGGGAAGCCCUUGCCACCAGCCUCAGAGAAUGUGAAGCAGGAGGACAAUGGGCUGUUCUUUGUAAAAAGCUCAAUCCUGGUGUUGGCCAAUUCAGAAGAAACUUUCUCUUGUGUCAUUAGGAACCCCCUUCUCAACCAACAGAAGGAAGUAAAAGUCUUUUUAGCAGAUAACUUGUUUUCUACAAUCCCUUACUGGACACUGUUUUUCUUUGGAUUUGUUGCUAUAAUCUUCGUGCACUACUUCAAAUAUAAUGAGAUUCUAAGAAAACUCAGAGACUGGGCCAGCAGAACAUUGGAGAGAAUAGAGUGGAAUGGUGUGCAGAAGUGGGUCAAUCCAGGAAAUAUGCAAAAGGAACAAAGCAGAAUCAAACCUUCCUUUCUUUUCCAUCAUGAAGAGGUACAAGAAGGAGACCAGAAGAAAAUGGAAGGAAAUCUCUCUCCCUUCACUGACACCUUGAAGAGGCCAGACUUGCAAGCUGCCCAGAAAUACAGAGUGGAUGUCACUUUGGAUGCAGACACAGCUGGUCCUUUCUUCCUUCCUCGAAGGCAUCGAAAAAGCAUUAUUUCUGUCCCUCACAAAAACAACCACAAGAACAAUGGGGUCUGGGAGAUCAUGUACUGUGUGCUGGGCAAGGAGAGAUUCACUUCAGGACGAUGCUACUGGGAGGUGCAAGUAGAAGAUACGUUGAAGUGGACCGUCGGACUCUGUAAGGACUCAGUUGUGAAAAAAAAUUUGUGCAAGGUCACACCAGGAACUGGGUUCUGGACUAUCUUUCUGGAGAAUGGGAAUAAGUACUGGGCUCUUUCUAACCGUCCAAUCUGUCUCCACUUGGAAGUGGCCCCCAAGGUAGUGGGGAUUUUCCUGGACUAUGAAGCUGGUUGCAUCUCUUUCUACAAUGUGACUGAUGAUUCCCAUAUCUACACCUUCCAGGGUACCUUUAGAGAGGCCCUACGGCCAUGCAUCAACCCUCUUACUCUCCUUCCAUAGGAAAACAUUGUCCCUAUUACCAUCCCCCAAAGGCAGGGGAUUCUCAAGCCUUGCAACUUCCUAAAACCAAAAGAGAGGCUGGAAAUUUUUUUGAGUAAGCCGAUAUGGGCUCUUGAGGAGAAGUCAUCUUAUCCACAAUCCUCAGUACAUAUGUACUUGCCUUUCAAAUUUGUUGGAGGACAGUGAAUCUUUAGAAGCUUCCCUUCAGCACAGGCUGAGAAUUCUCCCACUUGUCCUUCUCCUUUCAUAUGCACAUCUUCUCUCCUCCAUUUGGUACAAGGCCUUUCCAGGACUACUUAUUUUCUUAUAGAGCUCACCCAUGGUUCCAAGAAGCUGUAGCAUUCACAGCAGCAUAACAACUUCUUGGAAGAUGGGCUAAACCGGGUUGCAGGUUACUGAUGGGACUCAAACUUCUUGGUGAAUUACAGAGAUGUCUACCCUAAGAAUAUAAAGAUGGCUUCAGAGGAAUGGGCAAAAGAGAAUAUUUUGUUCAACAGACAUGAAGUCAGCAAAAGCACCUCUGUGGAGCAUUGAGAGCUUGGUUAGAAAUCAAAGGUACCAAGGUCAUCUGCUGUAUCCCGGGACAUCAUCAAUCAUCUUGACUUUUGUCUUGCCUUUAGACUUCAAUUAUUCUGGAAGAGAGAGUAAGGAUGAUGACUUUGUGCAAUUCUGAUUCAGUUAAAUCCAAUCACUCUCAAAUUAAAAUGUCACAUAUCAUCAGUCUUCUUUGCAAAUAAAAGAUACUCACCAACAGCA